UCAGCUGUAACCAUCGUGAUGUCAACAUAGUGAAGAUUCAAAGCAAAAGCCGUAAAACAACAUUCUUUUUCAAUCACUUGUCUUUUAUUUGUCGUGACUCUUUCUACUAAUCAUGCCUGUGAAUAUUCCUACUUAUUUCUUCAGUCUAGCACUUGUGAUACCAAGCUUAACAUGAGUUUAAAGCUGACAAGAAGAAAUUAUUCUCCAUCGGAUCCUUUACUUGGUGCCUUUUCUCUUCAACUAAUACUAGCAUUAUAAUCUUGCUGAUAUGUAUUCUACAAAUUCUCACAAAUGGUCAAUAGCAUUAGCAUCUCAGGACAUGGCAUUCAAGAGAAAAUUAAGUUUGUAUGCUGUAUUAGUGAUACUAGUGUUUCUAUGGUUUGUGGGCGUCAAAAACCGUGGCGGUAUAACUUACUUUUCUUCUGAAGAAGACAGGUACAAAAGUAUGAGAGAUGCACUGGAUGCUUAUGAGAUGGAGCUAAAGUUUACAAGAGAAGACAUGAAAAGAACUCUGAAACUAUUCAAGAGCUCUUGUGGUAAAUGGAAUCCAGAUUUACCAGUCAUUUAUGCAAUUACUCCAACUUAUGAGAGACCAGUACAAAAAGCAGAACUAACCAGGCCAAUAUCAAAUGCCGGCCGGGUUGGUCUAGUGGUAAGGAGCGUGACAAACUUCAAUCUGCUAUCACCAACUGGUUCGUGGGAACCUAACUGGACGAAACCCAGAGGUGUUCUACAAAGAAAUGCAGGUCUCCAAUGGCUGAGAGAAAAUAGAACUCCUGAAGAUAAAGGAGUUAUCUACUUUGCCGAUGAUGAUAACACCUACAGUCUCCACAUUUUCAACGAGAUGAGGUGGACAAAGCGAGUGAGCGUGUGGCCGGUGGGCCUGGUGGGGGGAUUGCUGGUGGAGCGCCCCCUCGUCAACGCGGCUGGCAAGGUGUCCGGCUUCAACAGUGUCUGGGGGACGGACAGGCCCUUCCCCAUCGACAUGGCGGGGUUCGCUAUCAACCUACAGCAUCUGCUCGCUCAUCCUGAGGUGAAAUUUUCAUUCAAAGUAAAAAUGGGCCAUCAAGAGAGUGUUUUCCUUGACCAGUUGACAAAAAAGGAAGAUCUGGAACCGUUGGCCGAUAACUGUACUAAAAUCUAUGUUUGGCACACGCGGACCGAAGAACCGAGUUUAAAAUUCGAAAAACAGCUCAAAAAUAAAGGUAAAAGUUCCCUGGACGCCAUGAAAGUAUAGCAUUACCUGUUAUUGUUUGCGAUUUCAAUUUUCAUGUGAUAGCUUGAUGAACUGAUCAAUUCUGUUUUAUGGAUGAAAAAUCGACUUAAAUGUCGACUUCGGAGUGAUUGAUCUCCUAGUUCAUGUCACAAACAAGAAAACUAUUUCAAUUUUCAGAACUCUUAUGUGUAAAAUAUUUAUUCCACAAACUCUUCAUGAUUUUUAAUUACCUAUUAGUAUUUGUUAGUUAUUAAGUAGGUUCUAGACUAUCAAUAUUAUUCGUCAUGAUAAAUUAUGUUCUUUCUUUUUAGAGAAUAAUCUAUUACUAUAAUAGAUAGGCUUGACUAACUAUUAACACUUGAGUGUUAUCACUGCCGAAAAUUCAAGUUUAUCAUUGAUAAAUAAUAGAAUAAUGUAAGCGAUAUUCCCACUCAACAGUGAUAGUGAAAAUAUUAUUUGUACAAGUUAUAAUUGGAUUAUUCACACUCAGAACGGCCGAGUGAGUAUGAAUAGUCCCAUUUGAACUUAUGGAAAACAUAUUUACAAUGUUCACUGUCACUGUUUUGUGACAGUUUUCUGGUCAUGAUGAACAGAUUAUUUAUACAUUGAUAAAUACAAUAUUAUUCUCAACUAUGAAUGAUUGGGAAAGGAAAGAAAUAAUUACAGUUGUGAUAGAUGAAAUAAUUAUAUCAACAACUUCUAGAGAAAAUAACAACUUUAUAGUAGACUGCAUCAAUAUUUUGCAGUGGAUAGAAUCAGUAGAUGUUUCACUUCAAUGCAGAAUUUAUUUCAUAAAGAAGUAGACUUGUUGAUUUACUUUUAACACGUAACACAUCUUCUAACACGUUUAGUAAAAUUUGAGACGCAUUUAGUAAAAUUUUAACACGCAUUUAGUAAAAUUUGAGUAGGCUACUUGAUUAUCUUUUAGCUCAUUAAUCAUCUAACUCGAGUAAAAAUUUAGUUGCAGAUUUGUUUUCCUUUUUCAAAUGAAAAUGUAUUGGAAACUGGACUGAGCCUCGACGUCUUAUUUGAACAAAGACGGAAACAUAAAAAAAAAUCGAAGAAGGCAUUUUGAAUAAUAUUGGCAGUCUUAGACCACUCCUCUUUAUUUUAUUAAUGUAUGUCCUCUAUAAAUCUAUGUAUGUGUUGUCCUUGUGUAUUUAUUUUUAUAUAUUUCUACAAAUUCCUUUUUAGUACAGUAUUUUUUCACCUCUAAUCAUUUUCAAAAUUCUAAACUAAUCUAGUCUCUCAUUCUUUUUUCUUGAAUUCCUCUUGAACGAACAAUUCAAUAUUGCUAAAAUCAAAUUCUAUGAAAUAUGAAAUUAUAUUUUAGAAAUAGGUUGAAAACUAUUGUGCUAAGAUUCCUAUGAAGACGCUUAUACAUAUUCAUUACACUCUUAUUGCACUAAAAGUUAUUUAAAACAAAUUUUAUGCGAAUUUCAAAAUCAAUGUAAUUAAAUAUCUAGAUGUUGAGAAAUUUAGCCUAGCAAGGUAAUUAUUGUAAAGCCGUUAUUUUUAUAAAUAGGAAAUAACUGUAUGAAUUUUGUUGAUAUAAAUAUUCAUUAGACUAAAGUGGAGAAGGCCGAUUAAUAUCAGACAAAAAUUAAAAAUUUAGUGAUGAAUUAUCACUGGUUUGGUGCUAUAAAUUUUCCAAAUUUACUGUUUGUUGUUUUAUUGAGAAUUUUUUGUAUCUUAUAUUAGGAAAAAAUGUAUAAUUGUUUAACCAUGACAAACUGAAUUAUACUAUCGAAUAAGUCCAAGCACGUUUAUAGAUUUUCUUCAACUUUUGGAAAGUUGGAAUAAUGUAUCUGAAUUUUGAAUUAAUAGCCUACAUAUUGUAAAAUGUACAAUUGAACGGCCAAUGUUAAUCAAACUUGUUAUUAAAUAUGAUUUUGGCAUAAUUAUGAAAAUGGUUUGUCAAGUUACACUGUAUUGUAUUGGCGAGGUCUAUUAA